AUGGGCACUCGUAAAAUACUUGUUGUCCCCAGUACAGGACGACCACGACGACCUCUGACACUUGAUCUUUGCGACUUCAAGGAUAUAUACUUCACAGACACAGAGUCUGUGGGUCCUCUACUUAUACAGGUUGCAGUUGUCGACGUGAACCGAAACAUUGUUUUUGCAGAUUACAUCAAUCACGGUCGGAAGACAGUGGAAGAGGUGUGGGAAUUGGCCGCAGAUGCUUGUGGUGGAAAGUUGAAUUACAGACAAGCCAAGGCGUUGCGCAGAGCUUUCGGGUCCCCUUCACUUGAAACUCCAGUUGGUCUGGACAGCAUCGCAGCAUAA